CCCAGCGAGCACCUGCCCUCCCGCUGGCACCUGUACGACACCCUGCAGGUCGCCGUCGAGCAGCUGGGCGCGGGCGCGGGCAAGGGCCGCCAGUGCCUGCUCAAGGCGGUCUGCGAGGCGGCGGCCUUCUCCCUGAGGCACGAUGGGCUGCUCGGCGAGCUCCUGCACGUCGUGCUCACCCCAUCCGCCACACGCGAGCCAGUGCUGCGCCACGAGGACUACGAGUUCCACGCCGCGGAGCGAGCCGGCCGCCAGGUGCGCGGCGCCCGGGACCCCGUCGACAUCUGCGCCAGGAUGUUCGACGGCUGCACCACCGGCACACUGGACCUCUUCACACGCCUACUACCCUUUUGAUCUGCGACCGACUGAUGUUGGAAAAUAAAUACAAAAGCCGUACGAA